AUGUCUGACGAACAGACAAUGCUUCAAGGCACUCAGGAGGGUUUCCGCAAACUUAUUCAGCGAAAUAAGGAAGCCCUUAAGUACUACGAUGGGUUGGAUAAAAACGAACAAAAACAACUUGAAGAAGCUGUUGUUGAACAAAGAAGGAUGGAAAAAGAACGGCUGGCAGAACGCUUGAAAGGGAUUGAAUAUAUGGAAGAACAGAGCAAGAAGAUGGUAGAAGAAGCCAAGAAAAAGGCAGCAGAAGCUAAAAAAGAGAACGAGUGA